GCCUUGGUGAUGGAUACAGGUAGUCAGUCCUGGCAUCCUCUCAUCCAAUUGCCAUGGACCUACCUACGUAGGGCACCUGUAGCCGUGCUUCUAGCUGUCUCUAUCCUACUUAUCAUAACUGCCGUGUUCCUCUUGUACACUCUCCUUGUCAUCGCUGCCCCUAUUCCUCGAGAGUCCAGGCCUGGUGAGAAGGCGUUUCGCACGGUACUGCGCAAUGGGAAGGUUUCUGGGCCGAAACAAUUGCCAUGCUGGAUCGACCGCUGGAAAGCAGCGAAGCAGCUCACCUUCUCCGAACCGACGAUACCCGGCCAUGCACCGCGACCCAAGAUUGACGACGCCGAACUGCUUCUUUCCGUUGUGGUGCCGGCCUACAAUGAAGAGAAGCGCUUAGGCGUGAUGCUUGAUGAGGCGGUGUCAUUCUUACGGUCGAAAUCGGACGGAUCCGCAGGCUGGUCGAAGUCCACCGAAGCCGUACAGGGAUGGGAGAUACUCGUAGUGUCCGAUGGAUCAACCGAUAAGACGGAAGACAAGGCGAUCGCAUUCGCUCGAGAAAGGGGUUUGAUCGAGGAUCAAGGCGCUGAAACAAAGGAUGGCUCCUCCGGCACAUAUGGGCGGGGUUGUCUUCGGGUUAUUUCCCUAGAGCACAACAGAGGCAAAGGCGGCGCCGUUGUGCAUGGGAUGCGUCACGUGCGAGGGCAAUACAUCGUCUUUGCGGAUGCGGAUGGCGCCAGCCAGUUUAGCGAUAUUGCAGGGCUGUUGAAGGCAUGCCAGGCAGCAGAAGAUGAACAUGGGAGAGCUGUAGCCAUCGGCUCCCGUGCACACCUCGUGGGAAGCGAGGUUGUGGUCAAGCGUUCCAUGCUUCGAAACUUUCUCAUGCACUCAUUCCACCUAUUGCUCUGGAUCCUCACCCCGCCAGCCACCGCAUCAAUCAAAGAUACACAGUGCGGAUUUAAACUUUUCAGUCGGGCUUCGCUCCCAGACAUAGUGCCCUUCAUGCAUUCCGAGGGAUGGAUCUUCGACGUGGAGAUGCUCAUGUUGGCAGAAAGUGCGAGGGUCCCGAUGGUAGAGGUCCCAAUCGGGUGGAAAGAGGUCCCAGGCUCGAAACUGAAUGUGGUGUGGGCCAGUCUCGGGAUGGCAUGGGGACUUGCGGUGCUGCGCUGUGCCUGGGCGUUGGGUGUCUACAAACGGAAAUGAUAUGAAGCUAGAUGCAGGUGGCUGUUUAUAGUUUACAGUUUGCAUAUUGUAGAGCUGACGGAAACCGCGCUCACGUUUCAGUUAUGUGCGUCGGUUGGAUCGCAACCGAUGUCGUUGGGAAUGCAAAUGGGACAUGGAAUAUGGGACAUCACGAUCCGAAAACACGGUACUUCGUCGCCCGUAGUUCGUAUAGUCUGGAGUAAGAGUAUUAGAUAUCUCCCCCAUACAUGUACCCCCACAUCUCGGCCCAGCAAUGACAUGG